AUGACUAUUUUUGGACAGGCCUUGGGGGACCCAUAUGCCUCCCGUGUCAAGUGGUAUUGCAACUAUUGGCAACGUUCUCCGAGUCCAUUUCUUGAACCAGAUCAUGUGGAAAGUGCCUAUAAACUCUUUCAUGGAGCAAUGCCUACGUGGGAGUUUGACGAGAUCGCUUCUAUAGUCCCAUACCUCGAGAAGAAGUACCAUGCUAUUUGCUCAGAGAUCUAUGCAGAUCUUGAAAAUUUAUGA